CAUAUAAAUUAGUUAAAUAUUCACGAUGAGUUUCUAGUGAAAAUACUUAGUAUGAUGCACUGAAAAUGGAUAGCUUCUAUGUCGGGAGUAAUCAACUGUCUAAAGAUCAACAACUACUACAAAAACAACAUCAGUCGAUAGGAAAUACUUUACGCACGAGUAGAUCGCCAUCGACCACACGCAGUUCCGAACAAAUGUCCAGAGAGCGAGAUCAACGUGUUGAAAGUUCGGAACCGGCAAUUACUGGUAGUAUAGGAGGUGGUAGUGUGAGCAGUGGUGGAAUUGUAGGCACAUCUGUCGCUACAUUUCGUGGCUUCCGAAGUCACAGUCCUUCAAAUCGGAGAAGUCGGGAACGAAAUCGUAGAGAAUUUAACCGCACACAUGGUUCGGAUCAAGGUGGUUUGUUAGCUUAUAGCGGUAUGGGUGGUGGAUUACUAAGUGAUAUAAGUGCAAUGGACAGUGGUGGUAGUGGUAGUGGUGUGACUAUAGAAGAUUCACGUUUAUCAGGCAAUGAAGAUCUUUGCUAUCAAUCAUUUGCAUCAGAUGACGUCGAUGGUAAUCCGCCCAGUUCUUUAGCUGACAACAAUAAAAAACAUCAUCGCCAUCAUGAACGCACUUCAAGCCUACAAGCAAUUGAUCGGCUUAACACAAAAAUUCAAUGUACAAAAGAGUCCAUAAGAAAGGAGCAAACUGCCAGGGAUGGUGUAUCAGAAUAUUGGAUAUUUGGACUUAAAAACUUGAUUAAGAAAUGUAUACGUGAAUGUGUAAGGUGCACCCGUUAUAAAGCAUUAAAGCAGAAGCAGCUUAUGGGUGAUUUACCAGAAUAUAGGGUCAAUGUGUCUGCUCCGUUCGCUCAUUGUGGAGUAGAUUACGCUGGACCAUUGCUAAUAAAAUGUUCUAAAGGGCGAGGCCAAAAAACUUUUAAAGGGUACGUAGCGGUAUUUGUAUGUAUGGCAACUAAAGCUUUGCAUUUAGAGUUGGUAAGUGACAUGACAUCAGACUCAUUUCUGGCGGCGCUGAAGCGAUUGUUUGCACGCAGAGGCAAAUGUUCACAUGUAUACUCAGACAACGGUACUAACUUCGUUGGAGCAUCCAAAAAAUUAGAUAAGGAUUUACAACAGGCUAUUAAAAGCAAUGUGAGUGCAGUUUGUGCAUUGGAAGCAGAAAUGGCAUUUCAUUCCACCGGCAAGUCCUCAUUUUGGAGGUUUAUGGGAGUCGGCCGUGAAGUCAAUAAAACACCACUUGAAAAGAGUUGUUGGCGAAAAUAA